UUGUGUAAAUAUAUUAUAACUUUUUAAAGUAUUUUAAAAAUAUAAAAGUAGAUAAUAAUGAAAUAUAUAAUUUCUUAUUAUUUGUAAAUCCAACAAGCGGAGGAAAUCAAGCAUCGGAUUUUUUAAAAUUAGAUGCUGAAAAAAUAAAAUUCCAAAUUUUAAAAAAUGAGUAAAACAUUGAAGUGAAUACUUAUUUCUUUAAUUUAAAAAAUGCUCAAAAUAAAGAAACUGGUUUCAAAAUAUUAAAAUCUUUAGAAAAUAAAUAAAAAGAAAAAACAAGAGUUAUUGUAUGCGGAGGAGAUGGUACUGUUAUGUGGGUUUUAUUAGAAAUGUUAUAAUAUUAAUGUGAUACAAAUUAAUUUCCUAUUGGAAUUGUUCCUUUUGGGACAGGAAAUGAUUUCGCACGUGUUUUAGGAUGGGGAGGUAAUAUUUCAAAUAAUUUUAUAGGAGAAAAUUUAAAUGGAUUGAAAAGAUUAAUAAAAAAAUGGAUCUCAUCAAAAAUAAGUUUAUUUGAUAUAUGGGAAGUUGAAUUUUAAACAUAAGAUAAUGGAUAUUUCGAAAAAAUCGAAUAUGUGAAUGAAAAAGCAACAAAAAUAAAGAUGUUAGAUAAAAACGGAUAAAUAAUAAAAUCAAUAAAAAAACCGAUGUCUAAUUAUUUUAGUAUAGGAAUAGAUGCAAGAAUAGGUUUUGGAUUUGAUAAAAAUAGGACUUAAUCCGCUUUUAUAAAUAAAGCUAUUUAUUGUUGUGAAGCCUUUAAGAAAUUAUUUAUAAAAACAAAUAGGAUUAAUUAAGUUUUGGAAUCUUUAGAAAUUUUAAAUGAAAAAUAAGGAUUAGAAAAAUAAUUAUUGAAAAAUGAAGAGUAGGAAUAGUCUAAUUAUUAUUUAAAGUGCGACCCAGCCUGUUUACUAAUUUUAAAUAUAGACUCUUAUGCUGGAGGGGUUAGCAAUAUAUGGAAAAGUGGAAGAAAUAAAAUAGGAGUCUAAUAAUUAGAUAAAAGUUAAAUAAAUUAAACUUAAUUUAAAGAAUAGAGUUACGGGGAUGGUAUAGUCGAGUUUAUUUCAUUUGAUUCUUCUCUAAAUUUAGGAUAUGAGAGAUUAUUUAAUGGAAAUGCUAAAAAAAUAGCCUAAGGAUUUGGACCGUUCUUGUUGAAUUUCAAAAAAAUCGAAUCUGAUUUAAUCACUUUCUUUUAAAUUGAUGGCGAAUAUUAUUCUGUUAAUAGACCUAAAUAAGUUAUUUUAAAAAAGUUUGAUUAAUUAUUUAAUGGAUAAAUUAAAGUCUUAGUAAAUUAAGAAUGA